AUGACCGCAACUUGGGUUCCCGACAUCUCGCCGGAGAGCCCCUUCUCCAUAGCCAAUAUUCCAUUCGGGAUUAUUACCUCUCAAGAUGAUCCUACGCCGAGGGCCGCCGUAGCCAUUGGAGACUACGUACUUGAUCUCAAGCAGCUCUCCCAGUCUGACAAUUUUGCCCAAUUAUUCCCGAUGCUGAAGGAUCAUCCCUAUGUUUUCCAAGAGCCUACGCUGAACUCAUUUGCAGCGCUGGGCAGACCAAUUCACGGCCAAGUGCGGAAAAUUAUCCAGGAUCUUCUCUCAUCUGAGACCUCGAACCCCGCAGCUCUACGAGACAAUGAAGAUUUACGAAAGCGGGCUCUCCUACACCAAAGCGUGGUCCAGAAUCAUCUGCCCUUGAGCAUAGGCGACUACACGGAUUUCUAUGCCGGGUAUAACCACGCCUAUAUGGUUGGCUGUAUGUUCCGUGGCCCUGCCAAUGCCCUGCAACCGAACUAUACACACUUGCCCGUGGCCUACCAUAGCCGCUCGUCCAGCGUCAUCGUUUCAAAAACUCCUGUGUAUCGACCAAUCGGCCAGAUUCUCCUGGAUCCGACAGCCGAAAAGAAACAGCCAACCACGGCCCCUUCGAGGCGACUCGAUAUCGAGUUAGAGUUGGGUGCCCUCAUUGCAACUGGUAACGAGCUCGGAUCCCGGGUCAAUGUCAACGAUGCUGAGAAGCAUAUAUUUGGCUAUGUGCUCCUCAAUGACUGGAGUGCCCGAGACGUACAAAUGUGGGAGUAUGUGCCACUCGGCCCGUUUAAUGCGAAGAAUUUUGCCAGCACAAUCAGCCCAUGGGUUGUGCUGGCUGAUGCGUUGGAGCCUUUUAAAACAAAGGGGAUCGAGAACAAGACCGAACUUCAGGGCUACCUCAAGGAAUCAGCGGCCAACAAUGUGGUCGAGCUUGACCUGGAAGUUGAAUUGACCAGUAGGUCUCCCGUGCCCCCGCAUAUUAACUCCAAAGACUUGGGAUCACAAAAGACACAACGCUGCGAAAACGCCUUCCCUCUUACGAAUUCCAUGGCCGCGAUUAGAACAUUCACUGUCGUCGAGGAUGCGCCUUCCCACGACGGAUGCCCCUGCGCCUCAGCCAGGGAGGGUGAGGAGCUCGAUAAAGCCUACGAACAUGACAACCUUAUGGAAGGCGUGUCCAACUACGAAGCGCCCGGCCGUCCCCAAUAUGGCAUUCAAAUCCACGAUACGACACAGAAAGCGGCCGACAAAGAGCAUUUACGGAGGCUGGCUAAGACUCUACAUGAGAUGACAAACUACCCCCGUGGCUUAGAUGGAGGCGAUGAUUACCGAGACAGGCUCGACGUCUACGGACUUCCCAUGUCGGACAAUAUACCGCUGAGGACCGUGUAA